CACUUAAGCUAAAUCAACUAACAUGAGGAAUUUCUCUUUACAUUGAAAGUGUUAGGAACUUUCCACGUAAGCCUCAUAUGAAAAUUCAAAUGUUUGCUUCACAUCUUGUUCUUCAAAAAUCAUUAAAAAAAACAACUAUUGAGCCAAACAAACAUAUUUCAAAAUAUAGCAAAAAUGUCUUCCAAGCUUAUAGCAACGGUUUUCAUCUUUGUAACAAUAGUAGUAGCUAGUGAAGAUAGCAAUAUCGAUUUCACCUAUAAUGGAUUCGAAUCAUCACAUCUAUAUCUUGAUGGUGUUGCUAAGUUAACCUCAAAUGGCUUACUUAGAUUAACCAAUGAUACAAGACAACAAAAGGGUCAUGCUUUCUAUCCAAAUCCUAUAGUUUUUAACAACACUUUCAAUGUAAGUGAAUUUUCUUUCUCCACUUCUUUUGUAUUUGCAAUAAGAUCGGAGUUUCCUAAUCUUAGUGGCCACGGAAUUGUUUUUGUUGUUUCUCCAACAAAAGGGUUACCAAAUUCAUUUCCAAGUCAGUAUCUUGGUGUCUUCAAUGAAACAAACAGUGGAAACAAUAGCAACCGUGUUUUUGGUUUGGAACUUGAUACAAUUGAGAAUAUUGAGUUUGGUGAUAUUAAUGAUAACCAUGUUGGAAUUGAUAUAAAUGGAUUGAAAUCAGAAAAAUCAGCUUCAGCUGGAUAUUAUGAUGGUAAUGGUGGUGAGUUCAAGAAUUUGAGUCUUAUUAGUGGUUUUCCAAUGCAAGUUUGGUUGGAAUAUGAUGGUGUGAAGAAAAUUAUUGAUGUUACUUUAGCUCCAAUUACCAUUGAAAAACCAACACAACCUUUGUUAUCAUUGAAGAAAGAUCUAUCUUCAAUUCUUAACAAUAGUAUGUAUGUUGGAUUCUCAUCUUCAACAGGGUCAAUUUUAACUUCUCAUUACAUCCUUGGUUGGAGUUUUAAGGUUAAUGGUAAGGCUCAAAAAAUUGAAAUUUCUAAACUUCCUAAGCUACCUAGUUUGGAUGAAAAACAAGAUUCAAAGGUUUUCUUAAUUGGGUUGCCUUUAAUUUCACUAAGUUUGAUUCUAAUGCUAGCUAUAGCAAUUUUUCAUUUUAUCAAAAGGAAGAAAAUGUUUAAAGAGCUACAUGAAGAUUGGGAGAAAGACUAUGGUACACAAAGAUUCAAGUACAAAGAUUUAUACUUUGCAACAAAGGGUUUCAAGGAAAAGGAGUUAUUAGGAACAGGUGGAUUUGGUAGAGUCUACAAAGGUGUGAUGCCAAUUUCAAAACUUGAGGUAGCUGUGAAAAGAGUUUCUCAUGAAUCAAGACAAGGGAUGAAGGAAUUUGUGGCAGAAAUCGUUAGUAUCGGUCGUCUGCGUCAUAGGAAUCUUGUUCCGCUUCUGGGCUAUUGCAGGCGAAAAGGUGAGUUACUUCUUGUCUAUGACUACAUGCCGAACGGAAGCUUAGAUAAAUAUUUACACAACAAUAAUCAACCAAGAUUUUUAUUAAAUUGGAGUCAGAGAUUUCGAAUCAUUAAAGGCGUCGCUUCGGGUUUAUUAUAUUUACAUGAAGAAUGGGAACAAGUUGUGGUUCAUAGAGACAUUAAAGCUAGUAAUGUUUUAUUAGAUGGUGAGUUGAAUGGUAGAUUAGGUGAUUUUGGUCUUUCAAGAUUAUAUGAUCAUGGAACUGAUCCUCAAACAACACAUGUUGUUGGAACACUUGGUUAUUUAGCACCUGAACAUACAAGAACAGGUAAAGCUACAACAAAUUCAGAUGUUUAUUCUUUUGGUGCUUUUUUGCUUGAGGUUGUUUGUGGUAAAAGGCCUAUUGAACAAGUUAGGGAAUGUGAGAGUUUAAUUUUGGUUGAUUUUGUUUAUGAUUGUUGGAAAAGGGGUGAGAUUGUUGAGGCUAAAGAUGUAAAUUUGGGUGAGGAUUGUGUAAUUGAUGAAGUGGAAUUGGUUUUGAAACUUGGGUUGUUGUGUUCACAUUGUGAGGCUUUGGUUAGGCCAAGUAUGAGACAAGUUGUGAGGUAUUUGGAAAAGGAUUUGGCACUUCCUGAUUUGGAUUUUCUUAGUUUGUCUUCAAUAGGGUUAACUUCUUCUGGACAAGGUGAAAAUUUUCAAGAUUUUGCUAUGUCUUAUCCUUCUUCUAUGGAUAGACCAAUUUCAUAUACUUCUUCAAUUGCUGAGUCACUUCUCUCAGGUGGUCGGUGAUUUUAGAAGACACAUAAUUUAAUAGAAAUGUUAUCAUUAGACUAUUUGAUUUUUGUAAAAAAAAAAAAAAAAAAAUAUUUGAUUGUAGUUGAUUAUUACUUUUUAUAUUAUUAAUUGGUCUUUGUAUAAACAAAUUGGUCGGCAUAUGUUAUUAAUUAAUAAUUACUUAGGAAGAGGAAAAAUUGUUAGAAGUAGAGAAUGAAUUUUAGACUUUUUUAUGAAACUUUAUCGAUGACACAACCCGAGUAUUGAAUUAUGUAUAAA